AUGAGCACUGCCGCCGUCGCCGACAGAGGCGCGUACUUGUCGCAGCACAAGGACUACAACCAUGCCACAGACUCAGAAUACAAGCGCCUUCGCGGAUUGGCUGAUGUCGCCUACAAGAAGAGGCAGUCACUUUCUCAGCAGUCCCAGCAGGCGUUCAAGAGCGGUGACAAAAGCGAGGCUCAUAACCUUAGCGAACAAGCAAAAGAACAGCUAGAGGUCGCCGAGAAGUUCAACAUGCAGGCUGCAGAAUACGUCUUCACCCAAAACAACGCCGACAGUGACUCAAACGAAAUAGACCUGCACGGGCUGUACACCAAGGAAGCGCAGUGGAUCUUGCAGAGGAGAAUAGCAGCAGGCGUUGCCAAUCAGGAACAAAGACUCGAGGUGAUCGUUGGUAAGGGUAUCCACUCUCAAAAUGGUAUAGCCAAAAUAAAACCUGCGGUAGAGGAACUUUGCAAGCAAGCCAAUUUACCGAAUUACGUGGACCCCAAAAACUCGGGCGUUUUGAUCAUUGAGCUCCAAAAUGCCCAGGUGCCUGAUUCUUGGCGUUCUAUGGAUUAUUCGACGUAUGCGCACAACAACACGGUGAGUCGCCCUAACCCAAGUGCAAAGCCCCAGCAGAACCGUCCUCACAAUUACGUUCAACAGCAACAACCUCAGUAUCAGCAACAGCCCCAGUACCAGCAACAACCUCAACAGCAGCACAAUGCAAACCAGGGAAACAACGGGAACGGAGAUCUCGUAAACACGCUGUUGAAAUUUGUGUGCAUGUGCAUCAAAAAGAAUAUGUAA